UAACGGCGCAGACACGGUCAUACUGAACCGGGUUCGAAUUGUUUAACAAGGUUUUGAUUAAAGCUUUUCGAAGUACUAACCAACUAGCGCUUUUCGCAUCCACAACACAACACGGCAGAAUGAUCAAGAACGCAGUAUCCUUGGUGACAGGAGGAGCCUCUGGACUGGGUCGCGCAACUGCGGAGCGUCUGGCAAAGCAGGGAGCCAGUGUUGUCCUGGCCGACCUGCCCUCGUCAAAGGGCAACGAGGUGGCCAAGGAGCUGGGCGACAAGGUGGUUUUCGUGCCCGUGGAUGUGACCUCCGAGAAAGACGUGAGUGCCGCUCUGCAAACGGCCAAGGAUAAAUUCGGCCGUCUGGACCUCACGGUCAACUGUGCGGGUACCGCGACGGCGGUGAAGACCUUUAACUUCAACAAGAACGUGGCCCACAGGCUGGAGGACUUCCAGCGGGUGAUCAACAUCAACACGGUAGGCACGUUCAACGUGAUCCGUCUGUCCGCCGGACUGAUGGGCGCCAACGAGCCAAACCAGGACGGCCAGCGCGGCGUGAUCGUGAACACCGCUUCGGUUGCGGCCUUUGACGGCCAAAUCGGCCAGGCUGCCUACUCCGCCUCCAAGGCCGCCGUGGUGGGCAUGACCCUGCCCAUCGCCCGUGACCUGAGCACCCAGGGCAUCCGGAUCUGCACGAUUGCGCCGGGUCUGUUCAACACCCCGAUGCUCGCUGCGCUGCCAGAGAAGGUGCGCACCUUCCUGGCCAAGUCCAUACCGUUCCCGCAACGCCUGGGCGAGCCCAGUGAGUACGCCCACCUGGUGCAGGCCAUCUUCGAGAACCCGCUGCUUAACGGGGAGGUCAUCCGCAUCGACGGUGCUCUGCGUAUGAUGCCCUAAAUCCGUGAACCCGAAUCUCGGAUCUCGGACGUGGUAGAUCCAGGACGUCCGGUUGUGGCUCGAUCAGUUUGCAUUUAUCUAUUGUCUAGUGGUUAAGCUGAAAAGUUUUAUUAUCUGUCCCGAAAUUAUGUAAUAAUUGCUAUUAAACACAAACUCACUUUCA